AUGAAUUAUUUGCUUUUUUAUUCUUUAUCCAUAUGUAUAGUGUUGAAUGGCGGUGGAGCACGCCAAACUACAAACGAUCACAAACCAACUAAUGACUUAGUUAUUAGUGAGCUGUACGAUCCAUUAACGAAUCGAUGGACUGUUAGUGGAAGUAUGUCAAGAUUCCGGUUAUUUCAUACUGCAACUUUACUCAACUCUGGAAAUGUUCUUGUUUGUGGCAGUGGAGGAUAUACUGGUUACACGGCUUCAUGUGAAAUAUACGANUUGGUAAAUGUUACUGAACAAGAUCCAGUUUUAUUAUCAUUUAUUUCGAUAAUUUUUAUUUAUUCUCACGGUUCAUUAUUUAAUGAUUAUGAACCAUUAUUAAAAGAUUCAAUAGCCGUUUAUCGUGCUCAAACGCACUAUACAGAAUUACUGUGGAAUUAUUUGUUGAUUAAAUUCGGUGAACUUCAAGCUUGUAAACGUUUUAGUCGAUUACUCACUGUCAUUUUUCGAUGUCAAUCGACGACAAGAAAAAUGCGAGAGUUUUUUCAUAUUCAAUAUGUUCAAGGUAGAACAUCAGGUGCUGUGAAGACAAUUGCACCACUUGCAGAAACUGUUCUACUUAUUUCUUAA